UGUCGUACAUGUGAACAAGAAAUACAAGUAUCUUCAAGUAACUCUAAUAAAAGAUCUGCUGCACAGUGCAAAUGUGAACAAGAAGAAAAUACAACUAAUAAAAGAUCUAUUGCUCAACAAAAAAGAAGAGACUAUGAGCAAAUUAAAAAAGUCUGUACUUUAUUGUCUAAGAAUAUAUAUUCAUAG